AUGACGCCGGCGGCUCAGGAGUGCUCGGCGACGGCUCACGCGUAUGGGGAGAGGGUCGGUAGAGCUCACGUGUCGAUCUGGGGAAACUUGAACGUUGAAGGCGGCGAGUGGUUGUUAGCUACGGUUAGGGUUGUGAAACCUUAUUUGCCUCGGGUCGGGUCAAUUGAACUGGGUCGAAUCUUGGGUUGGUUCGGAUCAAUCGGGUCGACUGAACCUACUGGGUUUUGGGUCCUGUGUUGCUUUGGGCCUCGAUUGGGCUUCUGGGUUUAUUGUUUGAGCUUGGGGAUUAGCCUGUGUCUACAUUUGUUACGUGUGGUACUAGGAUUGGAUUUUACGCAGAUCGUAAGCGAUGUGCAUCCCAGCUUGCAAAGGACAAACCAGGAACAGUCAACGAAUAUCAGCAAUGGUGCAUUUGAAGGUUUAGCGCAGACCAUUAACAAGCUGAAAACUGAAAGAAGAACCCGAAUCCUGAAGUUGAGGGAUGUUGCGGCCGAACUAUUUGAACUCUGGAACCUGAUGGAUUCCCCCGAAGCCGAGAGGAAUGCUUUUUCGAGGGCCACUUCUAUUCUUAGAUUAUCAGAACCUGAAAUCACUGAACCAGGUGUUCUUUCAACCGAAAUGAUUGAACAGGCAUCAGCAGAGGUCGAGAGGCUUACCAAAUUGAAAGCUAGCAGAAUGAAAGAACUUGUUAUGAAAAGAAGAGCAGAAUUGGAAGAUAUCUGCAGAAAGAUUCAUAUUGAACCCGAUGCAAGUACUUCUGUCGAGAAAUCUAAUGCAUUGAUUGAUUCUGGUCUUGUAGACCCUUCUGAGCUUUUAGCAAACAUUGAAGCACAGAUAACUAAAGCUAAAGAUGAAGCUCUGAAUCGAAAAGAAAUAAUGGAUAGAAUAGACCGAUUGCUUGUGGCAUGUGAAGAAGAAAAUUGGCUUGAAGACUACAAUCAAGAUGUAAACCGGUACAACGCAGGGCGAGGUGCACACAUUAAUCUUAAACGUGCAGAAAAAGCUCGAAUAACUGUAACUAAAAUUCCUGCAAUUGUGGAUGAUCUGAUCAAUCGAACACUAUCUUGGGAAGAAGAAAAAAAGACUUUGUGUCUGUAUGAUGGGGUGCUACUAGUGUGGAUACUGGAAGACUACAAACUAACAAGGAAACAAAAAGAAGAGGAAAAAAAGAGAUGCAGGGACCAAAAGAAGAUCCAAGAUCUGCUUCUGACAGAGAGAGAAGCGAUUUAUGGGUCAAAACCUAGUCCAAGGAGAAGUAACAGCUUCAGAAAGACAGUUGGUUAUCGAGCAAAUGGAAAUGGAUCCAUGACUCCCAGUACCCCACGUCGGAGCUCGGUGGGAGGAGCAACACCUGACCUGCUUACACCACGAUCGUACUCAGGACGUCAAAAUGGCUACUUCAAGGAAAAGAGAAGGUUGUCUACAGCACCUCUGAACUUUGUGGCUAUAACAAAGGAAGAUGCAGUUUCUACGUACACAUCCGUAUGUGAUUCGGAGCUGGGGUCUCCCCCACAUAGCUAAGGAAGUCAGAAAUGGAAGAGGUUACACGAUGUUACAGUUGCAAUAAAUGUAGAUUGGAUUGUUGCAGCGGACCUUGUGUUGUGAAUACAAAAGAAAGGGUAUGGUAGAUUAGUGUAUGGAUUGUGAAUUGGUAGGAGUCGAACAGGACAAGUGACUGACAUUCGAGGUUCGAAUGAGAUGAACAACGAUAUUUUCCUUCGAGGAUAGGGAGAGAACAAAACCUAUAG